CGAUUAUUCGAUUGUUCGAUUUCAUCUUUCGAUAAUCGAGCGUCGAACCGUCGACGAUCGAAAUUUCAAAACAAAUGAAACCCGCGAACGCGAAGAUCAAAGCCAAUUUUUUUUGCACCUUCGCAGUGUUUGUGUUUUUAAUUCACGUGAGUGACUGAUAUGAGAAUGAAACAUUGAAACCAAUUAUUUAAAAUUUGAAUCCUGAAUUAAUUAUAUCUUAUCGGAUCGUUUUGGACACAAAUGCGUAAUCAUGCUGGAUACUUUGAUUAGUAAUAAAUGUUUCAUCGUUAGCUUCGGCGCCGGUUUCAUCGGAACUGUAGUAUUUCUAUAUUUCUUUGAAAACCACAGCAAGCCUCCAAAAGAUGAACCGGCAGAAUCCAAACCAAAACCUCUGAGACCUAAAAAAGUUUCCGGUGAAUGUAAAAUGGUCCUUGUUGUUCGUAAAGAUGUGAAGGCAACCAAAAGAGAGAUAGCUGCAUACUGCGUAAAUGCUUGUUUCGAAGCCUACAAACGAAGUCUAGAAAAAUAUCCGAAGUUGGUUAAGCACUGGGAAUGGAACGGAUCAGCCAAAAUAGCUUUGAAAGUAAACAACGAAGCUGAAUUAAUUGCUAUCAAGAAGAAAGCAGACGAGCAAGAUAUAAUUAACCAUAUGGUUCUAUCAGAAAACCAAUCUCUAAAAUCAGCUCUCGUUUUAGCCCUUGGUCCGGAUAUAUUGCCACAAAUUAAUUCUGUUACUGGUCAUCUCAAAUUGUACUAAGGUAGUUCUGAACUACGUGAUUUUUAUUAUUCGGACAGGAAUAAUACUUGAAGAUUAGCAGCAUUACGAAACAUUUCAGCAAUAAUGAUAACACUGCUGAUUUUUAUACGAUGGAUCUCGUUUUUUAUUCGAUUUACUUAACGUCCGAUAAAUUUUUGAUUAAUUUCGUUUCAUCUUAACGCAUUCUCGAUAUUACUGCUUUUACUGCCUUUAUGAAUGAGAAAUGAGAAAAAUUUCAGUAGGAAAUUGGCGAAAUGCAUUGUUAAUUCGGUGUUGACUUUUGCUUGUAGCGCCUAUGAAUUGCGGCGGAGAAAAAGAUAUUGAAAUGUGAUCAGAAAAUUCAUCAUCUAUGAUAUCAGAAUUUAAUUUUUUUAUCUGUGUUGCUCAAUGUUCUUUUUAAGAAUAAAGAUAUAUUUUUGUGAUA